AUGCAAACACUCAUUGUUGAUAAUGGUUCCUUCAAGAUCAAACUCGGCUACUCUAACUCUGAAUUACCUCUAGACUUUCCGACGCUAUUAGGAAAACCUAAACAAAUUUAUAAUUGGCAAGGAUAUGGUGAUAAGGGUGAUUAUGUGGGAGAGGAUGCAGCCAAUAAGGGAGGAAUUAUUCAGGCAAGAUACCCGAUGGAGUAUGGAAUCAUCACUGAUUGGGAUGAUAUGACAAGAAUUUGGAAUUAUGGAUUUAAUAAAUUUAAUGGAUCGAGAGAAGAUGAAUUAAUUUUAAUGAGUGAAAAUUGUGGCGUUCCGAAAAGUCAUCGAGAAAAGAUGACUCAAAUAAUGUUUGAAGAUUUCAAUUUUGGAGGAAUGUAUGUUGCUUUACAGGGUGUGUUGGCCUUGUACGGAUCAGGAAAUACCACUGGAGUAGUUCUGGAUGGUGGAGAGAGUUGUACGAGAGCUAUUCCUAUUUAUGAAGGUCAUGCUCUCCAUAAUUCAGUUUUGGAAUUGAAAUUUGUGUCCAGAGAUGUUAUAGUGGAUAAUAUGGUGGAGUUAUUCAAGUCAAGAAAUUAUGAGUUUAGAACAACAUCAGAAAAAAGAAUUGUAAGAGAAAUUAAGGAAUUGUUCGGCUACGUUGCUCUGAAUUAUGAGGAAGAGCUUAAAUUAAGCGAGGAAUCCAUUUUAAUUGAUUAUGAAUUACCAGAUGGGACCAUCAUAAAUAUUGGAAAGGAACGAUUUAAAAGCACAGAAGUAUUGUUUAGUCCAAAUAUUUUUGGAAUGGAGGAAGCAGGUGUUGCUGAAAUAGUUUUCAACUCUAUUGGAAAAUCUGACUUGGAUAUGAGGAGAGAAUUCUUUUCUAAUAUAGUCUUGGCUGGUGGAACGACUAUGUUUAGGGGAUUUGCUGAGAGAAUGCACAAGGAAUUGAGUGAAUUAGCACCAACAAUGAAGAUACACGUUAAAGAUUUACCAAAUAGAAAUUAUCUUACUUGGAAGGGAGGUUGCAUAUUUGCAUCCUUAUCGAACUUUAAUAACAUGUGUAUCAAAAGAGAAGAAUAUGAAGAGAGUGGACCUACCAUUGUUCAUAGAAGAUGUUGCUGA